CAUGUACUAUUAUCAAAGCUCAUUAAGAAGGCUAAAGAGUAAAGACAUGAAGAGACAUAUUCUAUUUAAUUUUUACAUUGUCCUCUUAUAUCAUUUUAGUGUUACAUACCAAAUUUUGAAUAAUGUCAAAUAAGUUACAAAGAUUCAUUACCUAUCAUGCAAACAAUGAAAAUAAAAUUAAAGAAAUUAACUUCCAAUUAUUCAAGACUAUACUUAAUUAUUGUGCCGCGUUGUACAAUAGUCAUUACGUCAUUACGAACGAUAGCGUUACGUAAGCCAUUGCGUCAUGCGCUAGUCAUUACGAACGAUAGCGUUACGUAAGCAGUUACGUCACAUGCUCCGCUGUAAACCCUAAUUUCGACACACUAUAUAACGGACCUACGGACCUGAAACUCGAUAAAAUUUAGGGCAGUGCGGCGCCGCAGAUCUAGAAUUGCUAAAGAAAAAAUCUUUGAUUUAUAUUUUCACAAAUUCAUCUCCAUUCUUCCUAAAAAUUCAUAGAUUAGAAACACAUUUUACAAUUCAUACAUAUAAUUUUAUUUUUAUUUCUUUAUAAUAAUCUUUUUUUUUUUCCAAGGCUUUUACAAUUUUGUUUGGUUCAUUUGAGCCUGAUUUUGCAAGUAUAAAACCCUUGUUAAAAUCCUUCAAACCCAUCCGAUUUUCCAUCUUUCCCUCCCCUUCUUCUCUGCAGACUGAGAAAUGGAUUCCGGCAGCGGCGCGUCGCUACCAUCGUCAGGCACCGACGCGCGGAAGCGGCGCGUGUCGUAUUUCUACGAGCCAACAAUCGGCGACUACUACUACGGCCAAGGCCACCCGAUGAAGCCCCACCGCAUCCGCAUGGCGCACAAUCUGAUCGUCCACUACGGCCUCCACCGCCGAAUGGAGAUCAGCCGCCCCUUCCCCGCCGACUCCGCCGACAUCCGCCGCUAUCACUCGCCUGAAUACAUCGAGUUCCUCUCGUCCGUCUCCCCUGACACGCUCCACGACCACACUCACGCGCGUUCCCUGAAGCGCUUCAAUGUUGGCGAGGACUGCCCCGUUUUUGACGGCUUAUACAGCUUCUGCCAGGCCUCGGCUGGCGGCUCUAUCGGCGCAGCCGUCAAGCUGAAUAGGCAGGACGCUGAUAUUACGAUUAAUUGGGCGGGGGGUUUGCACCACGCGAAGAAGAGCGAGGCGUCGGGGUUUUGCUAUGUUAAUGAUAUCGUGCUGGGUAUUCUCGAGCUGCUUAAAAUGCACAGGCGUGUAUUGUACAUAGAUAUUGAUAUUCACCAUGGAGAUGGUGUUGAAGAGGCAUUUUAUUGCACUGAUAGAGUAAUGACGGUGUCAUUCCAUAAAUUCGGGGAGUUCUUUCCUGGAACUGGGCAUAUCAAAGACAUUGGGGCUGGUGGAGGGAAGUAUUAUUCUCUUAAUGUCCCAUUGAACGAUGGAGUCAACGAUGACAAUUUCCGGAGCCUAUUCCGUCCCAUAAUCCAGAAAGUCAUGGAGGUAUAUCAGCCGGAAGCUGUUGUGCUUCAAUGUGGGGCAGAUUCAUUGGCUGGCGAUCGAUUAGGAUGCUUUAACUUGUCGGUUAAAGGUCAUGCAGAUUGCCUUCGUUUUCUGAGGUCGUUCAAUGUCCCUCUUAUGGUUUUGGGUGGAGGAGGGUAUACAAUUAGGAAUGUUGCCCGUUGCUGGUGUUAUGAGACUGCGGUGGCUGUUGAUGUGGAACCUGAGAAUAGGUUGCCAUAUAAUGAGUAUUACGAAUACUAUGGCCCUGAUUACACUCUCCAUGUGGAACCAAGCCAGAUGGAAAAUCUGAACACAGAACGAGAUAUGGAGAAAAUCAGAAACAUGCUGCUUGAUCAACUCUCCAAACUACAGCAUACACCCAGUGUCCCAUUUCAAACAAUGCCUUCAACAACUGAAGUUCCAGAAGAGAGAGAAGAAGACAUGGAAGUGAGGACUAAACCUCGGAUAUGGACCGGUCAGGACGAUUAUGAGUCGGAUGAUGAAGAAAAUGGGAAGAUGGCUCAGCGAAGUCUGAACAGGGGAUCUUCAGAUCUGAGGGGCAGUUCUGGUACUGUCGAGGAGGAUGAUAUGGCUGGUGCACGUCAACGCAGAUGAGAAUAUAUUAGUUUUCUUCCCUCCCUCUCGUUUUUUCGGUAAAUUCUAGGCCCGAGUAUACAUUAUACAGAGGAAAAAAGAAACAAUUUGUUAGAUUUGAACGAUAGUUUUUUUAUGCAAGUAUUGUACAAUAUCUUGCCUGUAAUUCAUUUAGAACAAACACGAGUGAUGGUUCGAAUGUAAAUCCAGUGUACGGAUAUAUAUGCAUGCGCGUGUUGUGAUUUUUUUAUAGCUGU